AUGAGCGUGUGCGGCAGGAAGGCGCUGACGUUGCUCAGCAGCAUGUUUGCAGUCAGCGGCCUGGGACUUCUGGGAGUUGCAGUCAGCACGGACUACUGGCUGUACCUGGAACAGGGAGUGAUACUGCCUCUCAACCAGAGCACCGACAUAAAGACUUCCCUGCACUCUGGCCUGUGGAAGGUCUGCUUCCUGGCAGGUGAGGAGACAGGACGAUGCUUCACCAUAGAGUACAUCAUGCCUAUGAAUGUGCAACUGACCUCAGAAUCCACUGUCAACGUACUUAAGAUGAUUCGUACAGCCACUCCCUUCCCCCUGGUCAGUUUGUUCUUCAUGUUCAUUGGCUUUGUGCUCAACAACAUCGGACAUGUACGGCCACACCGGACCAUAUUGGCCUUCGUCUCCGGAAUAUUCUUCAUCCUCUCAGGUAUUCUUUUUCUUGCUCCCCUUCUUCCACUUCCUUUUCCGCCUCCCCUUCUUCUACCUCCUUUUUAUAAUCUAUCGCUCCAGGUGCAGGAAUUUUUCAUGUCAGGGGUGUCUUAG